AUGGUUGCUGGGCUUGUGAGUGUGGCAGCGGCAGCGGCGUGGGUGCUGCGCCGUGUGUGCUCCUCGUGUCAUGAGGAUGGCCGAGCCGAAAGUGGUCAAGACCUGGCAAAGCACCACCACCCUAUAAAGCAUCCACACAUUCCACAGCUCGUCGACUUUCCAGCCGCUAUUGUGGAUGAUGCUCUGCACGGCCUUGUGCGCGCAGACCCACGCCUGAGAAUACUCAAAGGCCACCGUGUUGUGGUGCGCAGUGACAUUGACACGUUCAAGCAGGAUCAUGUGUGCAUCAUCUCUGGUGGCGGGAGUGGACAUGAACCGGCACACGUUGGUUAUAUUGGAGACGGGAUGUUGGCGGCUGCUGUGGCAGGGGAUGUGUUUGCUUCCCCACCAACAUCUGCCGUCCUUGCAGCAAUUCGAGCGUGCGCGGGACCAAAGGGUGUGUUGUUGGUGGUGAAGAACUACACGGGGGAUCGCCUAAACUUUGGGCUCGCUGUGGAGCAGGCGCGCUUCGAAGGGCUUCUCGUGGACAUGGUGAUUGUGGGCGACGACUGCGCCCUCCCACGCGAGAAGUCCAAGGCCGGGCGGCGUGGACUCGCAGGCACCGUGCUGAUGCACAAAGUGCUCGGAGCAAUGGCAGAGGCUGGGCGUGACCUCGCUUCACUCAGUAACGCGGCUGCACACUUGUCUCGAGGACUUGGCACCGCAGGUGUGGCCUUGUCUCCGUGCCAAGUUCCCGGUCGCCAGCCGUCGUUUCACCUUGAGCCAGGAACCUGCGGCAUCGGUGUUGGCAUCCAUGGCGAGAGCGGAGCGGCAGAGAUUCCGUUCACGUCCGCGUCUGCCAUUUGUCGUGAUCUCCUCGACAUAAUGCUGAACCAAGGCAAGAUUGCUAAUCGAGCAUACAUGACACAACCACAACGCAACGUGUCUCGUUAUGCACUGCUCAUCAACAACCUUGGAGCCACGUCCCAGCUUGAGCUUGGCGUCGCUGCGAUGGCGGCUCUGGACCAUCUGAUUGAAGACGUUGGCGUCUUUGUCCCGCGCGUGUACAUGGGCACAUUCAUGACGUCCAUGAAUAUGGCUGGUGUGUCGCUUACGCUCCUUGAUCUUGAUGCUCUUCCGGCCGAAGCGCUUGAGCAGUGGUUGGAUGCGCCCACGACUGCUCCUGCGUGGCCUGGCCCGACAUUGCUGGGCGGAACGAAACAGUUUGUUGUUCGACGUGAUGAGCCGCCAAUAACUGUCCCAGCCCCUCAUAGCAGCGAAGCUGAAGAGACAACGGCUUUGCAGCGCACUCCCAGCGAGAUUUCCUAUUCAACCGACCUCCUUGGGAAAGCAAUCAAAGGUGCAUGCGAAGCGCUGUUCUCCGGUGAGCCCGAGCUGUCUCGUCUCGAUGCCAUCGUUGGUGAUGGCGAUUGCGGCACGACCAUGACCGAGGGCGCCCGUAGCGUCCUCGAGCAGCUACAAGUUGGCCGCCUUGCUUUGCACAACCCUGCCCAGCUCCUCCAACAACUGGCCACCAUUGCACAGGAGAACAUGGGCGGCACAUCCGGUGCCGUGUACAGCAUCUUCUUUGCAGCUGCUUCCAGCUGCUUGAAUGACCGCGAUGUUGUUCGCGCGCCAUUGGCCAGUCUCGUCACCAUGGCCCUCACCGCAGGCAUUGAUGCCGUGAUGAAGUAUGGCGGCGCACAGCAAGGUGACCGCACCAUGCUCGAUGUGCUGGUGCCGCUGCAUCACUAUCUCGAUCGACACGGCAGCGCCGAGCAACCGAUUGACGUUGGCGCCGUUGCAACGCUGGUGGAGGAAGCGUCACACGCGACGGCGGACAUGAACGCAACCUGUGGCCGGUCCAGCUAUGUUCCUGAUCAUCUCCUGCGUGGCCACCCAGAUCCAGGUGCACGAGCCGUUGCAAUGUGGGUGCAAGGUGCCCUCCAUCGCCAUCCACGACGUUGA